CUAACGGUGGCCAAAAGUUUCUUCGGGUACGAUCCAGUUAAUGAUGAAUACAAAGUAUUGGUACUGUGCAUGAAGGAAAAAACUCAACGCCGUGGCCGCCAAGUAUUACUAUUAUCAUCUCAACAUCAAGUAUUCACACUGGGAGCUAAAAAAUGGGAAAAUAUCAAGUAUACGAUUCCUCAUAGACCUCUCUCUAACAGUGUGUGCAUAGAUGGUGUUUUGUAUUAUGUUGCUAAAACGGGCGCUGAGUUGUCGCAACUGAGCUUAAUGAGAUUCGAUUUGGGGUCUAACGGAUUGGAUCUUUUUACUAGUUUAUCCGCAGACAUGGACGCUCGACGUCUAGAUGGUUCUUCUACAUUAUUGAUCAGCUACGAGGGGAGAGUAGCCUUACCCAUUAAGAUUUCAACAUAUGAAUUUGAACUGUGGGUUAUGGAUCAGCAUACCAAAGAAGAUGGAUGGUUGAAGACAAGUUUCGAUAUCGAACACUGGAAGAGCUCACUUCCGUUGGAAUAUUUACACAUCAAAGGCACUACUCAUACGGGUGAGUUCAUUUUGGCACCACGAUACUAUUCUGAUGACUUUAACGUUAUCCAUUACAAUCCCGACACGGAUAGUUUUAGAAGCACUAAGGUUGAAGUAUACGAAGACCAUGCGUUCAAGCGUCGUUGUACGAGAGCAUUAGUUUUUUCGGAUUACGUAGAGAGUGUUAGGUUCCUGUGGUAG